GAAAUCGAUGAUAUACGUUGGUUAUACGUUGGAUAUACGUUGAUAGCCAUGACUAGAUAUAUAUUAAAAAGUUUAUCAAGUUUUCCCUGCGCGCGGUUUGAUUAUUCGAAAUGUCAGCGGACCGUUAAAUACGUUUAAUAAUUCUUUUUCAAUGGUAUCGAUAAAGUUGAUAAGAUAAAAAUUUUGUUAGACGAAGUAAAAAUGACGUAUGCCAGUUUAUUCCUUCUGUUAUUGUUAUCUUUUUAAAUGGAAGAUUCGGCGGUCGAAUUGGUCGAUUCAAAUUCUGAUACAAAUGGUCAAUUUUGCGAGUCGGUCGAUACGAUCUCCAGCAUGAACGAUGCCGAUGACGAGGGGAUUGAACGCAGUGCCAAUUUUGGCAAUUGCACGCCACAACAAUCCUCAGAGAAUAGGCAUAUUGAUAAUUCAAUUUUCAAUACGAUAUCCAAAAUUGUUAAUCCCGCUGCGAAGGUACCAGAUAUGCAAGACUUCAAAAUCGUUAAACCAAUAAGUAGAGGAGCAUUCGGUAAAGUGUUUCUAGGAUACAAAAAGUCAAAUCCAGAGCAAUUGUUUGCUAUUAAAGUGAUGAAAAAGAAUGAAAUGAUAAAUAAGAAUAUGGCAUCUCAAGUUAUAAUAGAACGAAAUGCAUUAGCAUUGACGCACAGUCCUUAUUGCGUACAUCUGUUUUAUUCGUUACAAAGUGUUAGCAGCAUAUACUUAGUCAUGGAAUAUAUGGUGGGAGGUGAUCUUAAAAGUUUGCUCGGCGUUUAUGGUUACAUGGAAGAAAGCAUGGCAGCUUUUUAUACCGCAGAAGUAUGCUUAGCUCUUGAAUAUCUUCACUCUCACGGUAUAGUCCAUAGGGAUUUAAAGCCAGACAAUAUGUUACUCUCGAGAGAGGGACACGUUAAACUCACUGAUUUUGGUCUUAGCAAAAUAUCGUCCUUGCAUAGAGAUCUUGAAAUAUCAGAUUUAGUAAAUUGUACACCUAGUCUUUGCGCUAGAACCCCGGGACAGUUAUUAUCUUUAACGUCUCAUUUGUCCUUUGGUUCUGGGCAACAAUCGGUGAAUGACUCGAUAGCCAGUAAUGAAAGUGCCAAUGCUGUUCAUUUAAUGUCGGCUUUACAAAGAAAUUGUGGCAAAUUGCAAUCGUCUCCUAACUCGGUUGUCUCCUCGACCGACGCUGCGUCUGGCGAUUAUUCUCGUGUAUCUGGUAUUACACCAUUUCAAUCCGCAGAAGAUCUAAGAUUUGGAAUACAGAACGGAGGUGAAUCGAAUGCGAGGACAGAGAAUUUCAGUGGGGAUAGUAGCUCUGGUAGUUAUCACACGUGCGAAGCCUCGUCGGUUAGUAAAAUCAAUCCUAUUGGCCUUAACCCAGAAGAGGAGGAUGAAUCUACGUUAGAGGCGGAACAAUCGCAACAGCUACUUUUGCAUACGAGCCCGAUCAGUACUUGUGUAAAUUCGUUUUCACGAGGAACCAAGAGGAAAAGAGUUAUGGCAGAAAUAACUUGUGGUUUGACGCGUGAAAUUUGUCUCAUGGAUUUGGACAAAGACAAAACACCGAAGAGACAGAAUUGCGGUACAUCGUAUUCCUGUAGGAGUCCCGAUCGAAUCAAAAGAAAUACUGCAUUGGGCGAGAUGACCGAUGAGAGCGAAGAUGAAAAUGCGGAUAAACACGGUGACGGUCCCGUUGGUGGUGCUGAUGGUGGUGGCGUUGGCGGUGGCGGUGGCGGUGGCGGUGGCGGUGGUGUCGCUUUUAGUACACCAGUGUCCUCAUUGAAUGUCAAAUCGGAGGAAAUAAGCCAGGCAGAAGCAACGUGUCAGGAAAAUCAUAGUAUGCCUCCGGUGAAAACAACGAGAUUUCAUCUUCCGCCUGCAGUAUCGUCAGAAUUUACUCCGGACUCGAGUACUAUAAAUAGUAUACAGAAUGAGAAUAUUAUAUCUCCGAUCAAGACACCGGCACCUUUGAAUAACAGUUACACGACUUAUCGAACACCGAAGUCAGUUAGAAGGGGCAUACAAGGUGGUGGAAACGCUCGAUCGGACGAACGUAUAUUAGGUACACCCGAUUAUUUAGCACCGGAAUUGCUCUUACGGCAAGGCCACGGUCCUGCCGUCGAUUGGUGGGCUCUCGGUGUUUGUCUUUUCGAGUUUUGUACGGGAUUACCACCUUUCAACGAUGAAACGCCACAGGCGGUCUUUGCUAAUAUCCUUGCAAGAGACGUACCUUGGCCGGAGGGCGAGGAAGCUUUGUCCUUCGCUGCUACGGAAACCAUCGAUGCGCUCCUUACGUUGGACCAAUCUACACGGCCAUCCGCGAAAGAAGUAAGGGAUAUGAAACUCUUUGAAAAUUUUCCUUGGAACGAACCAUCGAAAGCCGUUGCUCCUUUUAUACCACAGCCAGAUGACAAUUAUGAUACGUGUUAUUUUCAAGUUAUAAUAUUGGGAUGUUUGAUUUCUAGCAAGGAAUAUACUACAGCAUUUAAAUGUCAGUAGCUGCGACACGUAACAUUUGUCGUUUAUCCUGAAGAGCCCAGGAUGAACGUUAUUGCCGAACGAUAGUUGUCACGACACGCGUAAUACAUAAAACGUGUCAAAAAUGAUAAAAUUAGGAAAAAUUAUAAUAAUUAUAUAGAGUUAGAUGGUAAUCGUUACACGAUAUGCAUAGUUUUAUUUUUAUUUUUAUAUACUGGUGUAUGUAGAGCAUAUAAAAUAUCUUAUUGCCACGUACAAAAACGACGAGUACGAUGAUCUACAUAAGUAUCUAUGAGCGUCCGUAAGAGAAUACGUAAAAUAUGUGUGAGAUAAAUGUUGCGAUGAGAAUUUACGAAAUGAAAUGAAAGUUCUUUUUCUUUUUUUUUUUUUUUUAGAGUUUAAAGGUGGGAGAAUGAGCUUAGCUUUUUAAAUUGAUACUUCACGCAUUCUUACGCUAUUGAAAUGAGAAGAGGGUUCGAAAAUCACUUAUUUACUUAUUUAAGAUUCUUGUAGAUCCAAGGUAAGAAAUGCGUUACUCUUGUAUAAACGCCAGGAUAUUGUCCCUUUCCACAACCGAUUCCCCAACUGACGAUACCAACCUGUGUCCAACGACCGUCAUUGACCAUUAACGGACCACCGCUGUCACCCUGCAAAUACGUGAAUUAAUUUAUAUUACGUGAUAGCAAUCGAAUUGUAUUAUGAAGAAGUAUUUGACGAACCGAGCAGGAGUCCAUAGCGGCCCGUCCAGCGCACAAGAAACUGUCGACUAUACCACCGGGUGCCGCAGAACCGUAUUUAAAUUUACAUUCGCUAUUCGACCAGACUGGAAUUGAAACUUCUUGAAGUAUCGCUGGCUGUGGACCACCUUGUUUAAGCAACGAUAUAAAUAUACGAUAUAAAGGGAUGUUGUAAUUUACCUUUAAUACGUAUUGUAAUAUUGUCAUUUAUUAAAGGUCUUACUUUCCCUCAAGGAGCCCCAACCAAUGACAGUUGCAGUCAUUCCGACAUAGAGCUUCGAACCACUCGGCAAACAAAUGGGUCGAAUUUGUUCCGUAAAUUCAACCGGCUCGCUCAACGUAAGAAUGGCUACGUCAUUGUAAAGAGUACGCGAGUUAAAACCUCUGUGCCUUACUACUCGCUUUACCCGUCUUUCAACGUGACGUAUCUCACUGUUCGUCUUUAUAUUGUAAUCCCCAAGGCGGACCGUUAAUCUCGCUACAUCCCAAGAGUUCAUGCUGAGAAUAGAUUGGAAAUGGACGAAUUACCUAAAUGAACGAUUUAUCUACUGUGGUUCGAUGAUUAAAGAAUUGGAGAUAAAUGAUUGGAGUGCUUACUUAACGACACAAUGGGCAGCGGUAAGAACGUGUUUGUCAUCUAUCAGAGAUCCCCCACAGAAUUGACGUCCGGCAUUGAAGAGGGCAGAGAUCCAUGGCCAUUCUCCAGGAUCGGCGUUCUGACCACCGACGAUGCGUUCUUGAUCUUGAUUACCGUUUUUCGCUCCGCAUUGAGACAGAUCUAUGGGCGAGGAAGUCGUCGAACUAGGUUUAUUCGUUGUCGAGAUGGUCGGUGCACCUGGCCACCAAGCUGGUUUCUUCGUCGGCCAUGUCGUCGGUAUGCCAGGUUUCUUUGAACUCGUUGUAGAUGGUUUCGAGGUGGGCGACGAAAUCAAUCCUGGAUACGGCGGAUGGGUGGGUAAAGGUGGGAUCGUGUGAUCCGGUGGAUGAGUUGGUAUCGGCGGUGGCCAACUGGCGGCCGUUGGUUUUGGUUUUGGGUUCGUUCCCGCUUCCGUUCCCUCUCCGUCUUCCUUCGUUUUAGCAUCUUCUAUCUAAAAUGUUCAGUUUAGCGUUUUAAGAAGGCGAAAAUAUUCUCUCCAACUGUUUGCGUUAUGGAUCCGAAGGAAUGCCCAAGGACGAGGUAAUAAAGCGGAUCGUAAAAAGUCGUUUGCGAAAUAUUAUUGUUAUCGUUGGAUAGAUAAUAGGGUUCUACGACUUUCUAAUUCAGGCCUUAAUGGUCUCUUCAACGUCAUAGUCGGAAUUGGUGGAACAGAAACGAAAUAGGAUUUGGAGAAAAUUUUACGAGGAUAAGAAGAUUAAGAGAGGGAUGAAAAGUAACGCAAGAGAUUACGAAGGAUUCACCUGUUGAUCGUUUACGUUUUGACCGUCGCAAUUCUCCAGGCCGGGUGUCGCGAUGGGAUUCAAGUUGGAGCAACAGAUUCCGAAGCUCGUGCGGCCGUCCUCGAGAAUGAAGCUGCAAGUAUCGUAAACACCAAGAACCCAACCGUCGAGAGCACCAAGAUCGGGUAUCUUGAAGUAAGGAUAACAUUCUUUGAAAGUAGUGCACCGUCCAAUCUCGCCCUUAGACGUAAGGCAGGUACCGCGUUCCGCGGAUCCGCUCCAGAGGAUGCUUCGACCGUCUCUCGAUAAUGACGUAGGAUCUGCUUCUAUAGCGGCUGCAAUUUAAAAUCCAAAGAAGUCAAUUAAUUCGAGCUCGAAUUGAUCGAUCGACGAUGAGACUCGUAUUAUAAUUAUCGUAGGAAAUUACUCCAGGUUUAAUUUUUAAUUUUUGCGAGUUAACAUACGUACUUUUUAUUUAUUAUUUCCUUUUCGAUCAUUUAUCAUAGUAUACGCACGUUGUUUUAUUUACUAAGGCUGAAAUUGCGGUAUGCGAGGAUAUAUACUAGACGCUUCGGCACGUAUUCGAGGCGCAUUAACGAUGUCCGGUGAGAAUGACACAUCGCGUACCUUUUGUAAUAGGCAGAGGACCGUUCGUCACGUAGUCUUACGAAUGAUUUUCUAAUGAUACGCAGUGUAGUAGGAAGCAACGAUCAUAUUCAGGUUCAUUUAUGUUGCGAGCAGUUUAUAAAUCGUCCGUAAUAGGAAGUUUUGUUUUCAAAGAUAACUAUAAAAAAUUGUCUUAUAUUAUGCCACAUUGGAUUCUUUACGAUUGACUCUUUUGCCAGCCUAUAACAUCGAGUAAUGAGUUAUGUUAAUCCGUGUAGUAUUGUUAUAACGUGUAGACUGCAGACAAUGUGAUCGGAAAUUUGAUGACAUCAUUCUACGAGUUUGAUUACCCCGGCGAACAAUGUGUUCCUCGGUUCCGAUCAAAGAUUUCUGGGGACGAUCGACGUACAACGUACGUUGGCAAUAAAAUUCCAUCGAAGAAUCUGAGAAGGUGGAGUUCGCUGACCCUGACAGUCGUACUGCGGUACACGUACGUCGAGGUUGUUGCGCGCCUGGAGGACUUCCGUUUACCGUCUACGGAACGAUAAGAACGAUCGUAAUAACGAUCGUAAUAACGAUCGAGGAUCGAUCAAGAUUAUUGUCCACGUGAGAAACAGGCUGCUAAGAUCGAUCUCUCGAUCGAUCCGAUCCGAUCCGGCUCACAUAGGUGUAAGAUAAAAAAAAGAAUAUUCGAUAGGCAUUCGUCGCGAAAGGAAAAGGUUUGAUGCGUGCCCAGUUUAUUUUGCCCAAGUGAUAUAAGUAGAUAUAUUAUAUUUCUUAGGUAUAAAUGAAAGAAAGUGAGGUGAGAUGCUUACCUUCAACGACGAUCGCGUCGUCCUCUUCUCGAUACAACUCGUUGUCCUGACGAUCAAAGAUUAAGGAUCUAGAAGCCGGUUGAACGUUAGACAUAGAUUCGGCCGAUACACUCGUGAUUCCUAGAAACACGAGUACCGUUGCAAAAAGCGGAGGUAAUGCUCGUUCUCGCCGCAUGAUGCCGCAAAUCUUAUUACGAAGCGUUCGAUACGAUCGAUCGUUUGCGCGCUGUCGCGAGGGAAUGAACGAAACGAUUACUCGUCCUCGCGACUUCGCGUGGAUUCGCGUCUUUGCCUGAGCUGGCAGAGAGUAGAGAAGGUUCAGGAUCGGCGUUAAGCUGCCAACCUGCCGGAUAGACGCGGACUCGGGGCUUAUAACGGGUUCGCCCCUUCCAUCGACUGACGUCGGCUCGCUCUCUAGUCUCUGCAGGUUCCACCAUGAGAUUUCGUUAUAUUCUCUUGUUCUUUUGAGCGUUCCUCAAGAGAGAGAGACAUCAGGAUCCUUCGGGAAGGCGGACGAAGAGCGUAAGGGUCACACUGCGGAUAUAAUACAUACGUACAAAAAUCAAAUCUCUUUCGAUUCUAAGCGUUCUUCGAAUAUAAUGGAUCGCGGUUGUUUUUAACUUUUAACUUGUCAAAGCCAAAGAAUUUCUUGAUAUAUCGUUUAUGACGAGAAAUAGAGUUACUGUUUCUGAACGGAAAAGUUCAAUCGCGUCAAGGACGUAAAUUCUAAAUUGGUAUUCGUCUUCGAAUAGAUUACAUUUUUGUCGUUGUAAUAUUUCUCGAUGGACUAACGAUAUUCGUCGAGUUUCUAAUGAAUAUUCCAACGACCGAAAGGUGUCAUUUGAAUUUUCGUUGAAAGAAAAAGUGUCGUUUAAAUAUUCAUUAACGUUGUAGGAACAUAAUGGAUCGUAGUCCGACGAAGAUCGAUGUUCUCCAGUGUAUGUUUUCCACUAUUAUUAUGUCUUGAAGCAGCUUGGAUUUGCUUUUGGCAUGUACGUACGGACUUUUGCGUCGUCGAAUGUAAAUGGCUUUGCGUGCGUGCACAAAAUUAGGUAGAAGAAUUUGUGCGCUGGCGCCACUUCAGAAUCUCGAGCUAUUCUCUCCCGAAACGUGCAAACCGGUUGGCAAAGCUGAAAUAUACCCGAAUGGUACGUUGCACUUGUAACGAUGGACCCGGUCCUUAGGACAAGGGCAUUCCUCUUAAGUGAUAAAUAAGGAUAUAAAAAUCAAGCAAAACUUUUACCAGCUUCUCGCAUCCUUAAUUUUAGUGGAUAUUUCUUUUUCUUUUUUUUUGUUGUUGAAAAUAACGUUCGAAGAAUUUGACGUUUCGAAUUCAUCCAGUUAGCGCGCUGCUGUUGCCGAAACGGAAUAGAGAUAAGCCUUUGCAAGAUAUUAUAAUUUACAUCAGGGCCAGUGCCCCCUCACAAGGUCGUGGAUUCUUACACAGAUUGCCGUGAAUAAGACACGCGUAGAUCGAUGGUUCUUAGUAUAAUACAGAGUCCUCUUUUAUCUCCUUCUCCUCCUCUCCCUCUCUCUCUCUCUCUCUCUCUCUCUCUCUCUCUUCACGUAUUUAUCCUCUUUGUAUCUUAGUUUCGUUCUCAUAAGACUAUGCGUAUCUCCUAAUUAAAGAAUCGAGUAUUGGUCGAUUUAAGAUAGGAGAGCAACGCGAAACCUUUUUAUACUACUUAAAUACAAGAAGAGAUAGAAGUCGAACGCUUAUCAUUAUAUACAAGAUUCGACGGAUCUUUCUCGUUGAUUGUCUUAUCGAUCAUCUCGAUUCAUUUUGGAUCCGUUAGGGCAAUCGAUAUGUCGCCAAAAUAGUUGUCAGAACGACUUGUCACGUUGCUUCAUCCGUGAAGCGAUCGUCGAACCCUGACUGUAAAGUCGUCGACACGAUUUCUUCUCUUCGCUUGAUGUUUUCUUCUCCUCCCCUGUCUCGUUUUCGUCCUCUUCUUCUUCUUCUUCUUCUUCUUCUUCUUCUUCUUUUCUUCCUCGUUUUUCUUCAUUCGCCAGAGAGGCAACCUCCUGUUUAUCUUCCCUUAUAGGUUUACACGCUCCGGAUCUCCUUUUUUGAAUUCCUCGCUGACUGGUUUCCACGAAGAGAGGACUCGUGUGUGUCUCGUUCGGGCUUCUUCCAAGAUCGCGAAUACAAAAGAAACGAAUAGGUGAAAUAGGAGGAGUCCUAUGUAUUUGAUUUCUCAGCAUGGUAUGUGUGUAUGUGUGUGCGCGUGUGCGUGUCUAUAUACAUAUAUAUAUGUAUAUAUAUAUAUGUAUAUGUAUAUAUGUAUAUAUACAAAGGAAUAACAAAGUUCGAGAAAAUUUAUAAAACGUACUAAUAUAAUAUUUAUUGUUGCAAUAAACAUCGAAAUAAUAUAAUAUCACCUCUGGCACAAUCUCACGAUGGCAAGACAACGCGACGGAAGAAAGAAAACAUGCUUAAUAUUUCAGCUUUCUGUUAUCAAUACUCUCUCUCUCUCUCCCUCUCUCCCUCUCCCUCUCUCUCUCUCUCUCUCUCUCUCUCUCUCUCUCUCUCUCUCUUUCCGACGACAUUUCCACGCUACAUUCUGAAAAUCGGAUAUUCCGUCGAUCGGAUAAGCGACAGAUAAAGAAAUAACAUUUCUUGCGAUUAGAAUACGCUUAUAACAAAUAAGUCAGAAGUCAUCCCUUCUUCUUGUUCUCUCUCUUUCUUCUUUUAUAUCGUCAUAUUUACGUCGUUUAAGUACGAUAUCGACACGGCUCAAUAAAAAAGAAAAAGAAAUGGCUACGAGGAAACAACGAACAAAUCUUUCUUUCUAUCGUUAGAAAGUAAACUACUGCUCAGAGAGAUUUGUUUCUUUUCGAAACCUCAAAAAGGAUUCUGAUAAAUUUGCGUGACUGUGGCUGGAAAAAUUAGCAAAAGAUUUCUUUAGAUUCGUAGUCUCCUCGUAGCGUUAACACGUUUAUCCUUCGUAACAUAGAAAUAAUAUUAAUAGUUAUAAGUAUUAUAAAGAUGAUAUAAUAAUAUUAUCAGUAAUAAUAAUAAAAUAAUAAUAAUAAUAAUAAUAAAAUGGCUCAUCGACGCAGCCGUUCGUAUGCGAAAGAAAGAUACGUCGGGACGGUGUCUUUUCUCGUAAAUGAACGGCCAACGGGCGGAGGGGUGGGUCAGGGCGGGGGAAAGAAGGGCUCUGCUAUAGUUAUUAUUUAUAAAAAUGUCAUGGAGCAACGCUAACAAUCAUAACUAAAAAAUUUUUUUUCCUUCUUCAUCUUCAUCGAUAUACUCGCAUACGUACGCAAUCAUUCUCUUUCUAUAUCAUUUCUGUUCCAUGCAUCGUCUCUUUCAAUCAUAUACUACUCAUACUGCAAGCACACACAUACUUUCUCUCUCUCUCUCUCUCUCUCUCUCUUUAUUCUAAAAUUCUUUUUUACGUCUCAUACGAUUAUACAUUCUCGUAUAAAAAUAAUGAUAUAGGUAUAUCUCUAAUCGAUAGAAACAAUAAUAUUAAUAAUAUUAACCUAUAUGCUGUCUGCGAUAAAUGUAACAAAAUAUAGUAUUCAAUAAUAAUAUGCAUUUUACAAGCGUAUUUUGAUCGUUGCUUUGAUAUCGGUAUCGACAAUACGUAUGAUUAAACGCAAAAACAAUAUAAAUGUCGUGAUCGUGAUAUUCUCUAAUCUAAUCUAUCGGAUCUCUAACAUUAUAACGAACAACAAGAAAGCGGUACGCGAUAUGGAUACACACAUAAGCGCGAACGCGCAAUUCUACGAUAAAAUUGUAAUAUUUUUGUCUCUGCCAAUGGCUUCUUUUUCACACUGUUAUAAAAUAUAAACUAUUGUAUUCGUUCGGUUUGAUACGUAGCAAUCUGAUAUUAAACCUUGCCAUACGUAACUCUGUUUAAAUAAUGUGAUUAUUUAAAAAUGGCAAAUGGCGAGCGUCAAAGGUAAUAUGAUUACGUUGUUCGAGGUUGUAGGACUUGGAAGAACGUCGGUCGUUCAAUGUCUUAACGAUAAAGCACGUGGGAGGUUGUCUAAAAAUAUCAUCAACAAUGAUAAAAAGUAUGGGUUAAAACUUUUACAAGUAAAAAAUAACAUCAACGCUUUUACUGAUACGAUAAUAAAAUGAAUCCAAAUAGAAUAGAUACAUUGAUCAUUUUUUAAAGGAGUUCCUAAUUGAAAUAACGUUGUCGAAAUGAGAAAUAAUUUGGUGUAUAUUAAAAAUAAAUUCGAAUACGUCGA